AUGGCCUCUCACCGAUUCGACCCCAACUUCACCGACAAUGUCAUUAGCGCCAUGGGCCCCAAGACGGAGCCGCGCUUCCGCCAGCUGAUGGCCAGUCUGAUCCGGCACGUGCACGACUUUGCGCGCGAAAACGAGUUGACCGUGGACGAGUGGAUGGCCGGCGUGCAGUUGAUGAACUGGGCCGGACAGAUGAGCGACGCCAAGCGCAACGAGGGCCAGCUAGUCUGCGACGUGAUCGGACUGGAAUCUCUAGUCGACGAAAUCACCUUCAAGCUCGCCGACGAAGCGGCCGACGCGCCCACGGCGACCGCCAUUCUGGGCCCGUUCUUCCGCGCCGACACGCCCUACCGCCAGAACGGCGCCAACAUCGUCAAGGGCGUGACGGACGGCGAGAUGGCCUUCAUGCAGGGCCGCGUCAUCGACUUCGAGACCAAGCAGCCGCUGGCCGGCGCCACCGUCGAAGUGUGGCAGGCGUCGACGAACGGGCUGUACGAGCAGCAGGACCCCAACCAGGAGGAGUUCAACCUGCGCGGCAAAUUCAAGACCGACGCCGACGGUCGCUACUUCUUCUACUGUCUGCGUCCGACGCCGUACCCGGUCCCCGACGAUGGGCCCGCCGGGAAGCUCCUCAAGCUCAUGGAUAGACAUCCCUUCCGCCCGGCGCACAUUCACAUUAUUGCCACCCACGACGGCUACAAGCCUCUCACCACCCAGAUCUUCGACCGCAAGGACCCUUACCUCACCAACGACUCUGUUUUCGCCGUGAAGGACUCGUUGAUUGUCGACUUCCUGCCGCGCAAGGGCGAUCCUCAGGCGGGUCUUGAGCUGACCUACGAUGUCAAGCUGGUCCGUGAGAAUUUGAAGACGAACGGUGCCUAA